AUGUCGUCGGUGACCGAACCAUUUUUCAUCGAGCGUGUCUUCACCUCAUCUUCACCUCCAGUCGUCUUCGUCAAUCGCGCACUCUCCACGGCAAGCCCAGAGUUCACCAUCAUCAAUCACAACCAUCCAGAAUUCGAGAAUGCUGUGAGAUCGAGGGCGGACGACUCUGUCCUUCACGUCUACAAGGAUGUUUUCUAUAACAUUCCAGUACAAGUCAAACCCUCUCAAAGCUUGUUCUAUGUCACCCGGGGGUCUCACAUUGGUGUAAUGGCAGGCUGGGAGAAUGCACUCAACUGCGUUCUGGGUGUCGCUGGUGCUGUUUACCAUGAGGUUGAGUCUAUUGCAAUUGGGGAGGAAAAAGUCAGGAUUGCCAUCGAUGAAGGACGAAUUAAGAUGGUGGAACCCUGGGCCUUCGACGAGUAA